AUGUUUAAUGGACGCAAGCUGUCAUGGUCUGGCGGUAACCAGUACCAGCCAAAAAUAUUUCCCCAUGGGACUGGGUCAUCAGAUUCCAGCUCUGCUCUCACAAUGAAAAAUAUGAAAAGGCUGGAAAUGGAGUACACUGCUUCUAAAGAGGCCUUCACUAAGCAGAGAAUACAAGAUUAUAUUAAGCAGACUAAUCUUGCUUGCUUGAACAAAGAGUCAGCUAGGAAAACCAGCACAGAGCUUGUCUGGGAUGCAGAGUCCGAAGAAGCCUCCUCAUCCUUCUCUGUAGAGCAGAGUGAAAAUAGUGAAGUUUGCUGGAAGACCUCUGAAGACAUUUCAAGGAAAGAUAAGCUACUAGCAGCAUCAGCUGCAGAUUCCCCGUCAGCACAGCCCACUGGCUUUAAGCCGAAGGAAUCCAAAUCUGAGCCUGUCGAGCUUGCCCAAGAGAGUCUAAGGCUGGAGUUGGACAAGAAGCCUCUGUCCAUGGGAGGAGAGCACGAGGAUGAUGGGUUGGCAACUGCCCUCUGCUCCUCUGAGGAGACCACCUGGACAGAAGACUCUGCAAAAUGCACCUUUUGUAAUGCCCCUGAAAAGCCAGUCCCAACACUCGUGGGUCUGAGGGAACAGCCCCAGGAGAAUGGGACCCUACCUGUAUGGUCUUUUUGCUGCAGAAGGUAUAAGGAAGUGUUUGAUGCUGUCACCCAAGAGCUGAUGAGUGAGGGUGAAGCAGAGAAAGAGCUGGACAUCGCUCCCCAUUCCAACCCUUCCCAAGCUGAGCUGAGGAGCAGCAUCAAGGAGAAACUGUUUCAACAAAGAAAACAGACAAAAAUCCCCAAGGUUAGGUGGAAAGUGCAGAGUGUGAUAUUUUGGCAGUGCUCUAGGGUUGGUACCGCUGUGGGGAGAGGAAAGCCUGGGCAGACCAUCCCUGUCCCCUGUGUCCAGGCAGGCACUCCCAUGGAACUACUCCUAUACUCCUACCUGGCUCUCAUCACCUUGCUUUUGCUUCUUCAGCACUGCCAUUCUCCUGAUCCCGUAAGACGCCAUUAUCCUGAUGGACAGACACUUUUUCUCCUGUUCCCAGGACACCCUAACCCCAGUCUCCAAAGUUUCCUUUCAGAAAACCAGUAUCUGGGGGAAUCAGUAAAACCCAUCUUGAUUUUACAAGUCCUCCCCGUGCUGAGAGCAUCAGGUCCCAGCAGUGACUCUUGGAUGGCAAAAAUAAGAUGUUUGGUCCAGCUCCAGACAAACGCAGCAUUUGGGACAGGGAAGUUGUUGGCUCUGGAUCCAUCCAGCUUUGUGUUUGUCCUCAGGACCGCCCUGGAGCCCUGCACUGGGAUCUGCUUGGACCAGGCAGAGGCCAGCCAAAAGCACUGGAAGUGGCGUGACUUCAGCCACCAUGCUCACAGCCCUCCUUUCCAGUCCCCCACCAUGAAACCUAAUGGCCACGUCACCAUUAAAAUCCUGGCUGAGGAUCAAAUGACUUCUGUUCACAGUUGCAUCCGUUUCAUCAUGGGGUUCCAACUCCAAUUGAAAGACCCAGAAACAAGUCACCAACUUAGGUGGAUGGAAAGCAAAGUGAAGCUCUUUCUUCAGUCUAAAAAGAUUCAGCUCAGGAGCCUGCUGUCCAAAAUACAGACAGUGUUGUAAUACUUUUGGCAACCCCUCUCUUAGUGAUAUCACUUCCAUGUUUUUCACUAUCUUCUAUCUGUGGGAAAUACUGAAAUGAAGUUAUUAAGACCUGCAGGAAGCAGUUACAUCAGCAUUUCAGAACAACUUUUUCUUCACCAAGGUGAUAACAGUCACUUUGUGAUGAAAAUAAAGCUCCUUAGUUCAAGCUCACAAUGCCUAUCUUCCCGUACAUCAAGUCCUUGU